AACGACGGAAGAAGUUUGGGCAGAAGAGGCCACCGUUGAGGGGCGUGGCAACGCAAUAUGGCCGACACAGUUCUCGUGCCGGCAGCUGCGGAUCCUCUUCCUACACCGACCAUGGCUCAACCAGGGACUUUGAACCUCAAUAACGAGGUUGUGAAGAUGAGAAAAGAAGUGAAGAGAAUCCGUGUUUUGGUUAUCCGAAAACUUGUCAGGAGUGUUGGCAGACUGAAGUCAAAAAAGGGCACCGAAGAUGCACUGUUAAAAAACCAAAGACGAGCACAGCGAUUGUUGGAAGAAAUUCAUGCCAUGAAGGAAUUGAAACCUGAUAUAGUAACUAAAUCUGCUCUUGGUGAUGAUAUCAAUUUUGAAAAAGUCUGCAAAAAGCCUGACUCUACUGCGACUGAGAGAGCGAUUGCCAGAUUAGCAAUGCACCCUCUUCUGAAGAAAAAAAUAGAUGUGCUAAAAGCUGCUGUCAAAGCCUUUAAAGAUGCAAGACAGAAUGAUGCUGAAGUGGAGCCAUCAAAGAAGGCUACAGAAAAUCAUUCCAAGGACACUUUGUGUUCAAAUGUUGAUGCCAUUAAGUUACAGCAUGAAGGAAUUAAUACCAUUGAGCAAAAAGACAAAGAAACCAAAAUAUUGGCAAAGAAGCCAAUAAAUAAUUCAAAUAAUUCAAAAGAAAAAAUAGCCAAGAUGGAACAGAGACCCAAAGCAGUAGACAUUGCAAAUUCUCCAUCAAAGACUUCUGAAAAGGAUUCUGUCGUUCCUGCCACACUCCAAAAGACACCUGCUGACCCAGUAAUCAAAGCGUUAAAUCAAACCAAAAAAGAGAAAGAGUGUGAUAGCUCACUUGGUAAUAACAGUGAUGGAGAAGAAUUACAUGAAGAAGAGAAGGAGUAUUUUGAUGACAGCACAGAGGAAAGGUUUUACAAACAAUCUUCCAUGUCUGAGGAUAGUGACAGUGGUGAUGACUUCUUCAUUGGAAAAGUCAGACGGACAUGAAAGAAGGAAAGUAGUUGCCAUUCUUCAGUUUUGGAACAAAAAUCCACCAAAAAAGCAUUCUCUGAAGAGGAUAUACUUGAAACUCAUCAGGGUAUAAGAACUGACAAAAACAAGACAAGUACAGAAGUAAAGACGUUUGAAUCAGUGUUUUUCCAUUCUUUAUCUGGAUCUAAAAGCUCUAAAAGGAAUUGCAGAGAACAGGCUCCGAAAAGCAACACCCAGGGUUUUCAGCAAAAUGAACCUCCGUUCAAGAAUCAGUUUAUUAAGAGUGCACUGAGAGGACCUGAAAACCCAAAACAGCAGUCACUGCUGCCCCUUCAUCCUUCAUGGGAAGCAAGCAGGAGGCGAAAAGAGCAGCAAUCUAAAAUCGCCGUGUUUCAAGGGAAAAAAAUUACAUUCGAUGAUUGAUUAGUACUUUUUGCAUACUUUUCCAUCUAAAAAAAUUUUUUUUCUUUCUUUUUUAACCAGCCCAUUGUUUAAACUCGUAUUUGAAUAUAUCUCUUUGGAGGGGGUAUAGAAAUAAGUUUGUUGUUGUCUUUAUUUCUUUUUUUUUAAGUAUGUUCAAGUUAUGUUUACAUAAGCCUUCCACAAAUCAACUACAUAAGUUGAUUUUUUUUUUAAAAAUGCCCAAACUAUUCCCUUUACAAAGGAUUUUGAAAUUAUAAUUCAGUUUUCCUCAUUUGUGCUUAUCAUGAAGUUAUUUCACUGGUUUAGGUCUAUGUUUCUUUGCCUUGAAAAUAAAUAUCAAGAUAUAUUUAAAAUAGUAAUGGGAAAUAUGAGAAAAUUGUAGCUAUUUAAAAUAGAUCACCUUUGCUAAGUUAUUCUUGUUAGCAAAACUAAGAAUAAAAUAGUAACAUUCAUUAUGGGUAUACAAGAUAAUAAAUUAUACAAAUAAAUAUUAAUUUUUAUUAUAAUUUU